GACCUCAGGGACCGGAUGGAGGUGACGGCCGUGGCCACACAGGGGCGCUACGACAGCUCGGACUGGGUGAGCGGCUUCCUGCUGCUGUACAGUGACACGGGUCAGGCCUGGAAAGAGUUCAGACAGGAGGACGGAGUCACGAGGUUUGGUGGGAACGUGAACUCGGAGGCCGUCGUUCAGAACAAACUGUCCUACUCGCUGAGGACUCGCUUCCUGCGCUUCGUCCCUCUGGACUGGAACCCUGGAGGCUGGAUCGGCCUCAGAGUGGAGGUGUAUGGAUGCUCCUACAAGUCAGAUGUGGCUGACUUUGACGGCAGAAGCUCUCUGCUGUACCGGUUCAAUCAGAAGUCCAUGUCAACGGUGAAGGACGUGAUCUCUCUGCGGUUCAAGAGCCGGCAGGCCGAGGGGGUUUUACUGCACGGAGAGGGUCAGAGGGGAGAUUACAUCACUCUGGAGCUUCACCGAGGAAAACUGGCCCUCUACCUCAACCUGGACGACACAAGGCUGCGGUUCAGCAGCGGCCGCGUCGCCGUCACGGUCGGCAGUCUUCUGGAUGAUCAGCACUGGCACUCCGUCAUCAUCGAGCGCUUCAACAAGCAAGUCAACCUCACGGUGGACUACCACACACAGCACUUCCAAACCAAAGGGGAGGGAGACUCUCUGGAGGUCGACUACGAGCUGAGCUUCGGAGGAAUCCCGCUGCCGGGCAAACCUGGAACUUUCCUCAGGAAGAAUUUUCACGGCUGUAUUGAAAACCUUUAUUACAACGGGAUCAACAUCAUCGACCUCGCCAAGAGACGCAAGCCACAGAUUUACAGUGUGGGAAACGUGACCUUCUCAUGCUCGCAGCCACAGCUGACCGCCUGCACCUUCCUGAGCUCCAGUAGCAGCUUCCUGUCAGUGCCAGCAGCAGCGCCGUCCUCCAUCAUGGGCGGGUUCUCUGUUCGGUUCCAGUUUAGAACGUGGAACCCAGACGGGCUGCUGCUCUCCGCUCGGCUGAGCCCCGAGCCCCGACGACUGCAGCUGCAGAUCAGCAACAGCCGGCUGCUCCUGACCCUCCACGGCUCAGCGACGCAGAGAGAAGAGGCCACAGCUGGUCACAGAGUUAAUGACGGUUUGUGGCACUCUGUGAGCCUGGACACCAGAAGUCUGCAGAUCAGUCUGACUCUGGACAACGAGCCGGCUUCCACCACCGAACAGUGGGAACAACUGGAACCAAGAGGCAGCUUCUACUUCGGAGGCUGUCCUCCAGCAAGCUGCCAGAAGCCGACUCUGUCCUUUCAGGGAUGCAUGCGGCUCAUAUCCAUCAACAGCCAACCAAUCAACCUGAGUCACAUCCAGCAAGGAUUACUUGGAAAUUAUAACGAGCUUCAGUUUGACACCUGCAGCAUCAGAGACAGGUGUAUUCCUAACUUCUGUGAACACGGAGGUCGCUGUCUGCAGUCCUGGAGCUCCUUCUCCUGCGACUGUUCAGGGACCGGCUACUCUGGAGCAACGUGUCAUAACUCCGUCUAUGAGUCGUCCUGCGAGGCCUACCAGCUGACUGGCAGCUCCUCCGGCUUCUACUCCAUCGAUCCGGACGGGAGCGGCCCCCUGGGGCCCGCGCAGGUCUACUGCAACAUGACAGAGGGGAAAGUGUGGACGACAGUGAGCCACAACGUCACAGCUGCAGUCAGAGUUCAGGGCUCGUCUCUGCUGAAGCCUCACGUCAUGAUGUUCAACUACAGCACGUCCGCCCAUCAGCUGCGCGCCAUCGUCACGGCGUCGGAGCAGUGCCAGCAGGAAGUGGUCUACACCUGCAGGAAGUCCCGCCUCUUCAACACCAAAGACGGCCGGCCGUUGUCCUGGUGGGUGGACCAGGGAGGAGAGCGCCGGAGCUACUGGGGGGGGUUCCUGCCCGGAGUCCAGCAGUGUUCCUGCAGCCUGGAGGAGAACUGCAUCGACAUGAACUACUUCUGCAACUGUGACGCCGACACAGACGCAGUGACCAAUGACACAGGAAUCCUCUCGUAUAAAGACCACCUGCCGCUGAGCCACAUCGUGAUCGGAGACACUAACAGGACCGGCUCGGAGGCCGUCUACAGAGUUGGCCCGCUGCGUUGUUAUGGAGACAAGUCUGUCUGGAACGCGGUGUCCUUCUACCAGGAGUCCUCCUACCUGCACUUCCCUAACCUGCAGGCAGAGCUCGCUUCAGACUUCUCCUUCUACUUCAAGACCAACGCUCCUUCAGGAGUCUUCCUGGAAAACCGGGGCCAUAAAGACUUUAUCCGUGUGGAGCUCAGCUCUCCCUCAGUGGUGACUUUCUCCUUUGACGUGGGAAACGGUCCGGCGAACCUGGUCGUGAAGUCUCACCUCCCUCUGAACGACCGGCAGUGGCACUACGUGAGGGCGGAGCGUAAUGUGAAGGAGGCAUCGCUGCAGGUCGACCAGCUUCCUGUUCGCUUCCUGGAGGCUCCACCUGACGGACACCACCGCUUACGCCUCAACGGCCAGCUGUUUGUGGGGGGAACAGCGUCCCAGCAGAGAGGCUUCCUGGGCUGCAUCAGGACUCUGACUGCCAACGGUGUGACCUUUGACCUGGAGGAGAGGGCCAAGACAGCACCAGGCGUAAGCUCCGGUUGCCCUGGUUACUGCGGCGGCUCCAGCAGCCUCUGCCACAACAGAGGACGCUGCAUAGAGAAGAGCAGCGGCUACGCCUGCGACUGCUCACAGUCCGCCUACGGAGGACCCACCUGUAAAGACGAGGUGUCGGUGUCCUUCGACAGAGAGUCCUCGGUCACCUUUACGUUCCAGGAACCUUUUUCAGUGAUGCAGAACAGAAGCUCACAGACGUCCAGCGUCUCCAGAGGAAGCAGCAGCAGCAGCAGCAGCAGCAGCAGAGCCAGAGAGGAAGUGGCGUUCAGCUUCGUCACAUCGCAGAGCCCGGCCAUGCUGCUGACCGUCAGCACCUUCAGCCAGCACUACAUCGCUGUCAUUCUGGCUCGCAACGGGAGUCUGCAGAUCUGGUAUCAUCUGCAGAGGGACAGGAGCCCUGACGUGUUCAACCCCGGCCUUAGCAGCAUGGCAGAUGGACGACUCCACCGAAUCAGAAUUCACCGGGAAGGCAAACACCUCUACGUACAGAUGGACCAGAACAUGGACAGAAAGUUCACCCUGUCAUCUGAUGCAGAGCUGAUCCUAAUCAGAUCCUUGACUUUGGGCAAAGUCACCAGUGGAAACUUCCCAGAGGAGCUGGUUGGAGCAGGUUCCAAGGGUUUCGUCGGCUGCCUCUCCUCAGUCCAGUUUAAUCACGUGGCUCCUCUGAAAGCAGCGCUGCUGAAUCGAGGAAGCUCACUAGUCACGGUCCGCGGUCCUCUGGUCCAAUCAAAUUGUGGAGUGCUGGCAGACUCCAUCACAUCCCACAACCUGCAAGAUCAAUCUGCAACGACAAAUAAAGAUAAAGGACAGCGCAGCAGUGAAACCCAGAGUGAUGUGGCAGUAAUAGCAGGUGUGGUGACAGCGGCGGUGUUCAUCUCGCUGUGUAUCGUUGCUAUGGUGAUCCGCUUUCUGUACCAAUGGCGAAGCAGGACAAGCGACAGCAGCGUCACGGAGAAGGAGCAACGACACAGCAUGGAGACCGGAUACAGGACAGAGCUCCACCUCCACUCCUCCAUCAGAGACAACAUGAAGGAGUACUACAUCUGA